CUCUGCUCGCCGCUAAUAUUGAAGAAGAUCAUAGGGAUCAGUAUGUGAUCUACUCUACAGUACAUUACAAACCGAGAGAUUUUCUGCAGCAUCCGUUCACCUCUAGUUCUCUACCAUACACCCCCCUCCCGCCUCAUCCCUUCGACAACAGCAACCCCUUUGUAAGGAGCCCAGGGACCAGAUAAAAGAUUGACAUUGAAAUAGUGAAGAGCUGAAAAUCAUCAAAAUAAACGAGCUUCCAAAUUUGGAGUUGGCUUACUUAGUAAACCUUCAUCAUCACCUGGUGUUGUUAUUAGAACAGUUCUGCGAGAGCAUGUAGAUAUACGAAUAAAUUUACAAGACUUCACUGCUCUUUAAACCAACCUUGUUUGGAGAAGAGAAUUCUCUAUGACUCUAGGUAUCGGAGCAAGUAUGUUUUCCACCCCUGGAUCAGGAUACUUUUCUUCUCAAUCCUUCGGAGAACCUAAACUCUCCUCAACCUUCCCGGAUAAGGUCGAUCAGAUUGACCCCCUACAGAACCAGCUGUGCCGUGUAUGCGAAGAACCUGCGGCAGGAUUCCAUUUUGGAGCUUUCACCUGCGAGGGAUGUAAAUCCUUCUUCGGAAGAACAUGUAACAAUCAAUCUGUUAUUCAGGAAUGUAAGAACAGCUACAGGUGUGUAGUGGAUAAGAAGAACAGGACGGCAUGCAAGGCAUGUCGGCUCAGGAAGUGUCUCAUGGUCGGCAUGUCAAAGUCUGGAUCAAGGUAUGGUCGGAGAUCCAACUGGUUUAAAAUCCAUUGUUUGAUGCAACAAAAUAUGGGAAAAUCAGGAUCCAUCUCCCACCCUCCUCCUCCUCCCCCUCCCCGCCUACCCUCCCCUCCGAACCAUAUUGCUGAACGGUCCCUGCCCCCAACCAUCUCCUGGCCCCCCACAUCCAGCCCUCUCCUGUCUCCGAUAAAGACGGAGAUAUCUCGACCCUCCCGGAGCCCGUCUCCUCUCCAUAUCUCCUUGAACUCUGAUAAGUCUAGUCCAAGUCCUAUAUCUAGUUUAUCUCCGAGGAAGAUAUCUGAUAUAUCUCCACGGAGUGAUUAUCCAUUCCCACUUAUCCCAACCCCCACCAGCCUUCCAGCGCUAUACGGUUUCCCUCCUCCCCUUCCCUUCCUCUCAUCCCACCCCUUCCCCUUCUACAGACUCUCCCCUCUUCUAGCAGGAAACCCCUUCCUUGCUAACUCUCUCCUGUUCUCAAUGGCCGGACAAAAAUCACCUCCUGAAAUUCAAAAGGAGAAGGAACAGUCUCAUUUAGAUCUCCUAAAGGAGCAUCAAACCCUGCUGGAAACGUAUGCUGCUCUGAAAAAGCAGCCAGGACUGCUUGGUUUCUCCGGGUACCGUCCAGAGCACAGUGUGGAUAACCUGAUAUCCCGGAGUGAGGUUGAGACUAAGGUUGAGCGGAGAGGAGUAAGUGGUGAGACUCCUAUGGAUCUGACAGUCAGGAUGGACAAGAAGAGUGAAGAGUCGAGACAAGAAAGGGUUUGAAUGAAUGUGAAUCCACGGGAUACAAGCAUGCUACCACUUCUAGCUCAGAUUAGAAAACAGAAACACUACCGAACCUAUUCAUAGUAAAUAUAGCGGAACGAAAUUACCUCCACCCCCUUCCCCAUCCACAUAUAAGCGUUACAGAUUUAGUUCUCUGUGAUGAAUAGUCCCCCCCCACACACACACACUCAAACAUAACCCUUUUUAACCCUCACCCCCUUAUCAACACUAUCCGUUUAGCCCCCUAUAGUAUAAAGAGUGUCAUUGUCGAGUCAAAAUGGAAUCUAGUGAAAAAUAAAACUGUUUAAAUGGUGCCUGUUAUACAUAUGUUAUUUGUUUUGUUUAGUAAUCAAUCCAAAAAGUAGGAAUCGACAUUAAUUCCUAUUUACCAAUUCCUAUUCCUAUUCCUAUUUACCAAUGCCCCUUUUCAAAUGUUUCUAAAAAGAACC